CCGGCGUAGGCCGGGCCCAGUCCGGCCCCGGGUCCGCCGCUGCCCGCGGGCGGGGGCGCCCGGGCGGCCGGGGCGAUGCGCGGUCCCUGGCCCCGGGAGGCGGCCGCCCUGGGGCCGUCGGGAUGGAGGUGAGAGGCCGGCGGUGAGGCGCGCCCGCGCGGCCCCCUGCGCUCUCGGCUGCCCGCAGCGCUCCCGGCCCCCCGCCCCCGCAGCGGCCACCUCGGCGUCCCGUGACCGCGGCCUCGGGGGGCAGGGGGGGCGGGGGCGGCCGGACCAGCGAUGCCGGCGGGCAUGACGAAGCAUGGCUCGCGCUCCACCAGCUCGCUGCCGCCCGAGCCCAUGGAGAUCGUGCGCAGCAAGGCGUGCUCGCGCCGCGUGCGCCUCAACGUGGGCGGGCUGGCGCACGAGGUGCUGUGGCGCACGCUGGACCGCCUGCCCCGCACGCGCCUGGGCAAGCUGCGCGACUGCAACACGCACGACUCGCUGCUCGAGGUGUGCGACGACUACAGCCUCGACGACAACGAGUACUUCUUCGACCGCCACCCGGGCGCCUUCACGUCCAUCCUCAACUUCUACCGCACCGGGCGCCUGCACAUGAUGGAGGAGAUGUGCGCGCUCAGCUUCAGCCAGGAGCUCGACUACUGGGGCAUCGACGAGAUCUACCUGGAGUCCUGCUGCCAGGCGCGCUACCACCAGAAGAAGGAGCAGAUGAACGAGGAGCUCAAGCGCGAGGCCGAGACGCUCCGGGAGCGCGAGGGCGAGGAGUUCGACAACACGUGCUGCGCCGAGAAGCGCAAGAAGCUCUGGGACCUCCUGGAGAAGCCCAACUCCUCCGUGGCCGCCAAGAUCCUGGCCAUCAUCUCCAUCAUGUUCAUCGUCCUCUCCACCAUCGCCCUGUCCCUGAACACGCUGCCCGAGCUGCAGAGCCUGGACGAGUUCGGGCAGACCACGGACAACCCGCAGCUGGCCCACGUGGAGGCCGUGUGCAUCGCCUGGUUCACCAUGGAGUACCUGCUGCGCUUCCUCUCCUCCCCCAAGAAGUGGAAGUUCUUCAAGGGCCCCCUCAACGCCAUCGACCUGCUGGCCAUCCUGCCCUACUACGUCACCAUCUUCCUCACGGAGUCCAACAAGAGCGUGCUGCAGUUCCAGAACGUCCGCCGGGUGGUGCAGAUCUUCCGCAUCAUGCGGAUCCUCCGCAUCCUCAAGCUGGCGCGCCACUCCACGGGCCUGCAGUCCCUGGGCUUCACGCUGCGCAGGAGCUACAACGAGCUGGGCCUGCUCAUCCUCUUCCUCGCCAUGGGCAUCAUGAUCUUCUCCAGCCUCGUCUUCUUCGCCGAGAAGGACGAGGACGACACCAAGUUCAAAAGCAUCCCGGCCUCCUUCUGGUGGGCCACCAUCACCAUGACCACCGUGGGCUACGGCGACAUCUACCCCAAGACGCUCCUCGGGAAGAUCGUGGGCGGGCUCUGCUGCAUCGCGGGGGUGCUGGUCAUCGCCCUGCCCAUCCCCAUCAUCGUCAACAACUUCUCCGAGUUCUACAAGGAGCAGAAGCGACAGGAGAAGGCCAUCAAGCGGAGGGAGGCCCUGGAGCGGGCCAAGAGGAACGGGAGCAUCGUAUCCAUGAACAUGAAGGACGCCUUCGCCCGCAGCAUCGAGAUGGUGGACAUCGUGGUGGAGAAGGACGGCGACCACCUGGGGAAGAAGGACAAAGUGCAGGACAACCACCUGUCCCCCAACAAGUGGAAGUGGGCCAAGAGGGCGCUGUCGGAAACCAGCUCCAGCAAGUCCUUCGGGACCAAGGAGCAGGCGUCCCCGGAGAAGCUCCGGGCGUCCUCCAGCCCCCAGCACCUGAACGUGCAGCAGCUGGAGGACAUGUACAACAAGAUGGCCAAGACCCAGUCUCAGCCCGUCCUCAACACCAAGGACUCAGCCCCGCAGGGCAAGCCCAAGGAGGAGCUGGAGCUGGAGAGCGUCCCCAGCCCCGUGGCGCCCCUGCCCCCGCGCGCGGAGGGCGUCAUCGACAUGCGCAGCAUGUCCAGCAUCGACAGCUUCAUCAGCUGCGCCACCGACUUCCCCGACGCCACCAGGUUCUCCCACAGCCCCCUGACCUCACUCUCCAGCCAGACGGGGGGCGGCCUGGUGCCCGAGGCGGGCUGGCGGGGCGCACUAGGGGCCGGCGGAGGCGGCGGCGGCGGGGGGAGGUUCGGGGAGGCCAACUCCACCCCCGAGUCCAGCCAUCACUCCUCGUUCUUCAUCGACAGCCCCAAGAGCUCCAUGAAGACCAACAACCCCCUGAAGCUCCGUGCACUCAAAGUCAACUUCCUGGAGGGCGAGCCCAGCCCGCUGCCCCCCGCGCUGGCGCUGUACCAGGACCCUCUCAGGAACCGGGGGGGUGCCGCGGCGGCGGCCGUGGCCGGGCUCGAGUGUGCCACGCUCUUGGACCGGCCGAUCCUGAGCCCAGAGUCUUCCGUCUACACCACGGCCAGCGCCCGGACCCCCACGCGGUCACCCGACAAGCACGCGGCCAUAGCUUUCAACUUCGAAGCGGGCAUCCACCAGUACAUCGACGCGGACACGGAUGACGAGGCGCAAGUGCUUUACAGCGUGGGCUCCAGCCCUCCCCGGAGCCUCCCCGGGGGCUCCAGCCCCAAGUUCAGCCUGGGCCCCCGGCCGGAGAAGAACUUCUUCGAGAGCUCCCCGUUGCCCGGCUCCCCUAAGUUCCUGCGGCAGAACUGUAUCUACUCGACGGAGGCAUUGACUGGAAAAGGCCCCAGUGGUCAGGAAAAGUGCAAACUCGAGAACCACCUGCCCCCGGAGGCGCGCGUGUUGCCCGGGGGAGGAGCCCACGGGAGCACGAGGGAUCAGAGCAUCUGAGCUAGCCCGUGGGGGGUAAGAAGGCUCAUGGCCAGGUCCAGUGGGGAACACGCCAUUCAGCUGUCCUGCCGGGGGAGCUUUCUGCAUGAACUCUGACCCAGAGAGGCCCUGCAGAGGCCCCAGACAGACUCCCCUCGAAGGCUCCCUGGGGCCCACGGGCCGAGGCAGAUCCUCCGGAAUGGAGCUGGCCGGAGCCCUGGCCUGCGGCUCCUUCUCUGUCCACUCCAACACGGCCCUCUGGGAGUGGGCAGAACUCAGCAGCCACCGCUACAGCAUUCUCAGCUUCUCCCUGGUCCCCCUGGCCCCCGUUCUUUUCUCCCGGCUCUCCACCCACCCAGCGUUGACACCCACAUCCACCCCCGCCACACACACACACACACACACACACACACACACACACACACACGCACACACACACACACGCACACACACAUGCACACACACGCUCGCGCCAGCUACAGAGGGAUGCUGGGACGAGCGGCCGGUGUGCGAAGAACGGGCGGUCCAGUUUGGGGCCGGGUGCCUCGGUGCCGUCUCUCAGAACACCCGCCCAUCACCUCCUCGGUGGAGUCCUUGGACCAAAGGCUGCAGAGAGUUCGGGGCCAUGAGGAAUCGUCGCGCCGCCAGCCACCACCAAUCGCUAAGCCCUUUUCCUGCCAGCGUCCUCACAGACUCCGGCAUUCUGUGGCAUCGGAGGGCUUACUCCCAGCUGCCCUCAGGGUGAGUCGCAGCGCUCGUACUCGAUUCUAAUCGCCCCCCCACCCCCACCCCCGGCAAUCUAGGAAGGGUUCGGGAGUGAGGGCGCCCGGCCGACAGCCUGGACUCCGAGCUUUGCUGCAGGGCUGUGGAAGGACCCGCUUUUCUGUACAUCGCUAGUGUAGACUCAAAAGAUAUGCAAGUGUCAAAUAUGCAAACGAUAUAGCUUAUUCAAAGAGACUGUAUGUUCCUGAAGAACAGAAUAAAGUCUGAUUUUUUUUUUAUCUGCAAAAACAGAAGAAAAAAAAAACAAAACUAUUAAAUGCCCAGUUGGGACUUUCGACUCCAUCCUGCCCCUGCAGGGAAGGCAUCGACUAGGAUAGAAAUUCUUUUUUUUUUUUUUUUUUGGUUGGUUUAUUUGUUUCUGUGGUAUUUCAAGCUUAAAAAAAAAAAAAGUUAAAAUAAAAAGCACUUUAUGUUUUUCAAAACUAGGUUCUACCAGGGACAAUGUCAACAUCUUGCACUUUAAAACGAGCACGCUAUCCCGUGGGCCACUUGUUGGGACUCAGCCGGGCGGUCGCCACACGCCCGGGUCUGGCUCCAGUGGGGAACGUACUGGGAUCUCUGUCUACCAGGUCAAAGAUCUGUGGGCUCCUCUCCUGCUCCCCCGGGCUCCCCCACCGCCCCUCCCCCUUUGAAUCAGGAAGGGCCUGGUCCCUUGAGUAGACCCUCUCCUCGUGUCCUGUGGCCCGCACAGCUCCGAGGAAACGCCUCAGACCGUUCGGCGUGGGGUGUUUUACUCUCUGUUCUCUCCGCGUCCUCCAGCUGUGCUGUGCUUUCCGUGUCCCCGUCUGUACCCACAGCUCAGCUCUGCAGCCCCCAGUGCAGCCGGUACAGGCACAAGCAAUAAGUAUCUGUGUGCGUCGUGAGCAGGUCCGGUGUAUCUCCCGGUGUUGGUCCGCCCCGUCCUCGCUCGGCGGCCCGGCCCGGGCCUGCCUGAUUGUAGUCCAACUCCACCAGUGCUCUUGGCCGUGUCCUCCGUCAGUGGCGCUGGGCGGGGCCCUGGUCAGCCUGAUGCCACCACCCCAGGGGCCCUCCCGCCGGUCAGGAUGCCACGAUGGAUUGGCCUGUCCGUGGCACGAUGGGGCCAUGUCAUUCUCUUCAUCCACUGUUGAUGGACGCUGUUUCCAGGGCAACCGUGUAGAUCUGUCUCGCCUCGAUAUCCCGACAUGCAUAUUGUCUUCCUGCCGGAACAAAAUGUCGUGUGUUUGCCUGUCCAUCACACAGCCGGUUGUCAGCUUGCCAGUUGGUCCAGCAGAACCGGCCACCUGUUGGUGUCCAGCCCUGGAGCCUUCCGGCCUGCCUGAGGUGGGGUGACCUGUCAUACAGGUGGUGAUGGCGUGGGGUCAUGCCGCCACCCUUAAAGAUGUGUGUUCUCUGCUUCUGUACAUGCCCGGUUCAGACUGUUUCUGAAAAUCACCCACAGUUGUCGCCUCCUCACCCACGGCACAGCCCCUGCUCUCCUGUCCCGGGCUACGGAAGGAAAAGAGCCGGAGUCUCUUGGCUUUUUCACACAGCCUUGGGGCAAAUGCAGAGAGACUUGGUGGGCAGGAGAGGUUGAGGUGACCCCUGGGACAGUUGCCCACCAGGCACGUAGCACGCUGGCGGGGUACCCUGCUUGCCCAGCUCGCGGUUCAGGGGUGCACGUCGGGAGAACGUCGGGAGACCCCCUUCCUAGGCUACCCCCUGUCUCUUUGUUCUCAUCAUCACUAAUGUUCACCCUCAGCACAAAUGUGAAAAUUCAGGGAAAACAAAUGCUUUUUGAUAAAAGUACAUAGUUGUGAUUUCCGAUUCAGAUAUUUUUAGAGCUGAUGCUAUCUGUAAAAAUAAAAUAAAUAAGAAGAAUUAAUAGUCACAAUAAUAUAGUCUAUUUUACAUAUCAGGAAAGUGCACAUGUUAAAAUAUAGCCAUAUAUAGUGAGAAGGAACUCACCGCCCCUUCUUCAAAUCUAGGCAUUUCAUUCGUUGGUUAAAGCAGACGAGAAGUGUACAGAUUGGAAAUGAUUUUUCUUUUUCUUUUUUUUUAAAAGGAAACAAUAACCAAUUGGUGCAACUCUCCUUGUAACCAAAGGCCCUUUCUGCCUUGUGUGGUCAUGUGGACCGAACCCUUCUUUCCUCCUGUAUUUUGUCUAACCUUAACGUAGCAUUUUACCGAGUCACUUUUGAAGGACGCAUUCAGAAGUAUCACUAAGAACCUACCUUUUCAGGCUUAAGAGCCAGAGCCCUAUAGAGUUCUUAUAGAAACAGAAUCAUUGAAACUCAGCAUAUACUAUGCUUAGAAAGUAUUGUGUUCGGGGUUUGGUUUAUUUUUACUUUUCCUUUGACUUGUAACUGUAUUGUGGGAAUGUCGUCUCUUACCCCUGUGGCCGGUUCAAAAAUCGAGUAUGGUAAGUUUUCCCAAACUCCCCCACCUGCCAAAAGGAACCCACCUCACCCCCCCCACCCCCAUACUUCACGUGUGAGAAUCCUGCCACUCCCCCCACCCCACCCCACCCCACCCCCGUGUCACGUGCACUGCGGAAUCUACCGAGGGUCUCAGCUCAGCCCAGAGGCAGGUAUGGAGAGGGGACAGGAAAGCGAUGAGGCAGACACUGCCUUGACUCAGAGGUCCAUCUCUCACCCAUCACGAACCACCUAAAGCAGAAACACACAGGCCAACCCAAAGGCGUGAACCAAGAGGCCGGAAGUGGAGGCGUGCCUGGUCCACGGACGGAUUCACAGACACUUCAUCAAGUCAGCCGAACCUGAGUUCCAACUAUGACCAUUCUCAGUAAGGGCUAAGGACCAGGUCCCCGGGAGGGGGGGGCGUCCCGACCUCCGGGCCACCGGCCGUCGACAGGAGAGGAGAGAGAUGGAGGCGUGGGACGUGCCGUCUCCCUUGUCCUCCUGGGGGUUCGAGAAGAGCAAAAACCGCGGUGGGUAGAUUUCCCAGUGCCUUCUUUAGGAAUUUUCUCUUAAGCACAUUUGAUGGGGAAAGAACCAAGAAGAGAGACCAUCCGUGCCCGUGGAGCCCCUUCCUCUCCAAGCAACGCGGGAGAGAGGCAAAGAGGAAGAAGAACGGGAGGGGGAGCCGUUGGAAUUCCCCAGGAAAACCGUUUCCUCCCGCCCAACUCGCCCCUGAGAAUUGCUGGUGAUACAAACUUUCUCUGAUUCCCAACUCCCCCCCACACCGUGUCUUAGUAACUGUAGCCUCGUCCCUGCCCUUUCUCCUACCAAGAUCCACAUCUCUAAGGAGAAAAGAAACAAACAGUAUUCUCUUCUGUAAAUCUGUAAUGUAUUGUUGAUGUCCGUAACUCUGGUGUAAUCUCUGUCUGCUCCUAAUCCUUGCUGGAGUGUCUUGUCCGAGGGUCCGGGGAAAGUUCUAAAUUCACCCUCUCGGGGAACAAGCGUCACUAAAGCCACUUCUCUCUCUCUCUGUCUCUCUCUUUAUUUCUCUGCCAACUCGAGCAGCGCAAAACCUGGGCUUCAGCCUGUAGUCAAAGUCUCUUGGAACCAGUGAGAAGCGGGGAGAGCCAGCCUCGGCUCCCCUUGAGAAAGUGUCUUUCGAUGGCUCUGACGUGGCUGGGGGGAGGAGAAGGUGCCCUUGCGUCGCCAAGAGGGACCGUGAAGAGCCACCAGCCCUGAACUUGAAAUUCCCUCUCACGGCUGAAGUGAUGGCGCCCAAAGGUGGGCACUCAGCCAGGGGGUCCCCCCAGUCGCAGGUACACCCCAAAAUAAGACUUACCUCCGCAUUUUCCCAGCGCUAACAGUAUCUGAGAGUGACCUCGUCACAGGCUGGCCAUACCUCUCAGAGAAGUCGGUUUUUCUGUUUCGAAAAACGUGUGUGUGUGUGUGUGUGUGUGUGUGUGUGUGUGUGUGUACACACACACGGGUUUUAGCAAAUUGAGUCUGAUUCCUUUUGUAAUACAGAAAGACAUCUGAAGAGUCUCAUUCUUGAUCGUCAUCACGGCUGGUAUUUUUGCUCCUUUUCAUUUUCUCUCAUGGCCCCUGGGGCUGGUUUUUCUUUGUUUGAUUCCAUCCACUUUGCUGGGGGUUGGGGGGCGUGGAGAAAGACUCUGGGGUCUGGCUUCCUCCUGCCAGCACUCCUGUGACCCUCCUCACUCCCUAUAUUUCUCCCCUUUGUGGUUCUUAGGACUCCGGGGGUGAGGACCGGGAAAUCGGGGAGGGGGGGUCUCGAGGGUUCGAAAUCAGAAUGGCAUGUGGGCAAUUGGCCUCUUUCCCCUCACCCCCUCCAAGGAGCUGAGAACCUAAAAUCUCAUGGAACUGAGUCUGAACUGUGAUCCCCGAGCCUUAGAGCUGCCCCCGUGCCCUGGCACUGCCUGUGUCCCUGCCCCCGACGUACCAGCCGACGUACCGUCCGCUGGAUCUAAAGGCCAGAGCAGGCCUUCUAGGGACUCUGGUAGAAAGCCCCUGGCCUUAGAUCUCGCAGCUUGAAACCAGCUUCUCCUGCAAAGCAUUGUCCUGGAUUCCAUCUCCCCCACCCCCCCCACACUCACACACACACACACACACACACACACACACACACACACACACACACACACACACACCUUUCCUUUCCAUUCCAGCCGCCGGGCUCCACAGAGCCAGAGAUGGCAGCAAGGGCGACAGUAUUUUUCCAGCUCCCUCGCUCCUGAGCCCUAGAGGAGUUUCUGCACUGUCCCAUAAUCAACUCCACUAGGCUCUCGCCAAGCUCAGGUGAGGUGAGGGCAUCUCAGAAAAAAGGGGUUCGCCACAGGCAGCGACACUCCGUCCACUCACUGCUGGGACCUGGAUCGGGCCAGGAAAUAGCUCCCACUCAUUUCUGUCUUCCUGUGCCCCCUGGGCUCCGUCCAGAUCAGAGAUCUAAGCCUCGUCAGGAUUCCCAAUGACAGAUCCGGGUUGGAUCCAUCCCCAGGGGAAACCAACCCAAAGAGGAAUCUAUUAUUCUGGACCAAGAUCCGAAUCCAUCUCCCCCUCGUUCCUGGACAUCUGGCUUGAAUCGGGGCCAAAUGAAACAGACUGAUCCUUUUUAACAACUUCUGCCCCAAACCCACGACAGAACAGAAACAGUUCCCCGGGGUUGCUAGUCUGUCUCGCUGCCCAAUUCUGGCGGCUCCUGUCCUGGAGAUGUCUCCUUCUAGAAAAAAAAGAGCAGGGUGGUUUGGGUUUCCUGCCACACUCUCUCCCAACACGGUCGCAAUCUGGAAUUCCUCCUGUGAGCCCAGAAUGCCAACUUGCAGGGAGGGAGGGAGGGAGGGAGGGAGGGAGGGAGGGAGGAAGGAAGGAAGGAAGGAAGGAAGGAAGGAAGGAAGGAAGGAAGGAAGGAAGGAAGGAAGGAAGGAAGGAAGGAAGGAAGGAAGGAAGUUGUGAGCAGUACCCCAAGCUCCCCACUACAUCUAGCUCCUUCCCUCCCUCUGAAGACCCUGAAAGACCUAAAGGCCCCGGACAGGGGAGUUGGGAGGGUCAGAGUCCUGCUGAUACCUCACUUUCCAGGGCUGUUGCAUCUCUGGAAGUUUCUCUUGCCUGAGAUCAGCGUGGUCAUCCCUGUCAGCUCCAGGGAAGGAGGACCCUCACCUCCGUGGUUCUUCCUAACAGGGACUAAGUGCCCCGUGGGGUCGUGAGCUCGCUGCAGCUGGGGGGAUGCACGGGAGGUGAGGGGGGCUCCAAACGGAUGCUGCCGCGGGAACAUUGCAGGGCGAAGGGUCUGAACCCCGUGGUGAUGCAUGCUGUGUGUGUGUGUGUGCGUGUGUGUGUGUGUGUGUGUGUGUGUGUGUGUGUGUGUGUGUAUUUCGGGAUGUGGUUUGAGCAUCUGGGCAGAGGCUCAAACCCUUGAGGCGAAGACAGAGAACAGAGUUAGCGGGAUUUGGAAUUUGUAUACCCUGGUCCUCUCGGUGCCCUGUCCUGGACACACUAAUCCGGCCUACUAGCCGCCACUGCCCCGAGCACCCCCGAGGAACCACACCGGUGAGGACGAGGCUCAUGCCACUCUCCCAGAGCCACCCCGGCCUGUGGAGUCUCUGGCUGGUCACCUCCCAGUGCUGUGGCCAUCGAGGGCCUGAUUUUAUCAGCACUUGGUAAAGAGAUGCCGUCAUCCCUCGCCCGGAGCCAGCGCCUAUUGCACCGGCUGCCGGGCCAGGGCGAAGGGCGCCACCCCCGCAGGGCUGCUGCUGCUGCUGCUUCCUUCCUGGGAAAUAACACAGGAAGUCCCGCCCAAGACCUCGAGAGGCCAGCACCCAAGGAAGCAAAUCCAAAAGGGCCCAGAGGGUGAUGACCCCUGUUUUCCAGCUACACACGCCCGAGGUCACCCCCAAUCUGCAAAAGAGCCCCCCACCCACCUGCCUGCUCUCUUCCCUAGCAUCCGGGUGCGGCAUUCUCCAGAGAAAAACUUCGACAUAAACAGUUUCAAAGCUUCCCCUCCCCCGCCCCCAGUUGUAAGAGGUGAUCUGAGAGUUCCUCUUCAGGGUGACCCCAAGACCAGACAGUCGUAGGUGACUGUAUUAAAGGUGAAACGAGAUGAGAUUCGGAUCAACGGGCUGAGAGACUUCUUUCUCCCAAACCAAAGUGAAUCCAAAGCCGGCCCGAAGUCCCCCUUGGAGGCUCUGCCCUGUAGGAAGGGGCUUUCUUGGGGGUCUGCAUGACAGGGCAAUUCUGGGCAAUGCAGGAAACCCCCAGCUGCCCCAGAAGGAUGCCCCCCCACUUCCCGCAUCCGAGGGUGUCAGGCUUGGAAAGGGGAUGGGAAACUCAGGAGGUGCUCAGUGGAGCUGACUCGUAGCUUCCAGAUCUUUCCUCGGGGCUGGGGUGCCCCCCUGCCGGGGCGUGAUAUCUCAGCCUACAGUGCGGUGAGGAGGUUGAGCACGGAAGGGCAGACAGAGAUUUCUGGGCUGGACACCGGUUCCUGGGCAGCCCCGUCUACAUCUGACCUCAAUCCGGGGCCAAGAGUCGGGAACACCAUUCUCUGUGCCAGGAACUCAGGGUUCGUCCCUGGCAUGUGCCCUUGGCACACCCGUGUUUGUUGGGAUUUGGAGGGGUCCGGUGUGGUGGUGUUGUCUGGUUGUGUGGAUGUGGUCACGUGGACUUCUGAGUGAGCGAACGAAAGAGGAGCUUAUCGGCCCUUAUCUGGGAUGGAAAGAGGCCCCGGGCCCCAGGCACCCCCCAAAGAGCCCCACUAAUGCCUCAGUCCUUCAGCUCAUCCUGGCACCAGCACGGCAUCCAGACUGGCACCGUGCACCCCCGGUACCCACAGGCCUCAGCGCUCUGAGAAUUGCACCUGCCAGAGUCAGGGAGCAGCCUGGUCUCCAUCCUGUUCUGUCCUGCACGUCCAGCCUCACGUAUUAGCUGGUCACUCACAGCCCCCGGGACGCCACCAAAUGGCUCUCCAAUGGGCUCAGCUGGGGGGCGCAGGUCGGGGUCUCCUCAGGGCUGGAACUUGCCGAGACAGGGACGGGGGCGCUGAAAUCUGAAUCCCAGACCCCAGACCCCAAGCCAGGACUCCAGCUGGAAAGAGAAGCCAGCCUGCCUGCCUGCCAGCGCCCCGAGCCAGUGGCCACCCCCCUCAGAGCCCCCCCUCAGCCGCCCCGGCCGGCUCCGUCAAGGCUCCGUCAACCGAGCCAAUCCGCCUCUCCCAGGAUCCCAUUGUGGGGAGGGGCCUUUCCUGCCGGCAAAGCCAUUCUGAUCCCCACACCCUUCCAGGGGCCAAGCCAGUCACAUUAGCCAUAAAUGACCCGUGUCCUUAGCCGCUCUUUUCUUGGGGUCCCCCUUCCUGGGUCCUGUCCACCUCCGGUCAGAUGUCUCUAAUGUCCUUCCUGUGAAAGGUGAACAUGAGUAUUGUGCAUGCAUGCGCAUGCGUGCACGCACACACACACACACACACACACACGCGCGCGCGCGCACACACACACCAAAAACCAAACAACACAAGUGUCUUUUUCUGCAUGUGAUGAGAUGACAUUGUGACCUCCAGCUGCUGUCCUGUCUUGUAAAAUAUGUCCAAAUGUUGAAGAAUUUCUAAGCAAAUGGUCCCUUACUGAAGUCUGCAGAGUUCAAUAAAAAGGUAUGGAGAAAAUCA